GCGCUUCCACGUCCUCCGGCCCGGCACCGCCCAACUCCUCUUUCCUCCGGCCCUCAGCAGGCGGGUCGGGGCUCCCGUCUCCCCCCGGGGCUGAGGCCAGCAGCGCGCGCAGUCCCCUGGCCAACCUCGGGACGAGCUCCCCGUGCCCUCGUCCCGAGGGCAGUGACGUAGGCUUCUCGGGUUUUCCUAUAGCAAAGCCUCAGUUUCAUUUUAGGAAAGGCGAGCGUUACUACCGACCCCUGAGGACACCGACUGUAAAAUACACGGACCGGGCGAGGAGAAGCGGUGCGAGUGUGCUGUGCUACCUUAGCGACUGAGGACAGCCAGCCUGAGUGCCCAGUACCAGACGAACACACGCCGGACCCCAGACUGGCAAAAAGGCCGCGGCGAGCGCCGCUGGAGGGGGAGGGGGCGAGGCCGCGCAUAGACCCGCCCCGGCCCUUUGUGACGUUGGACAAUACCUGCCACGCGUCGGAACUCCGCUGCAGGGCAGGCCACCCGCGCGGUUCUUUGGGGCAGACUCCGGGAGCCAUGCAGUUCUUAUUCAGAUUAGUCGUUUUCUUUUAUCUGUGGGGCCUUUUUGCUGCUCAGACACAAAAGGAAGAGGAGAGCACAGAGGAAGUGAAAAUAGAAGUUUUGCAUCGUCCGGAAAACUGCUCUAAGACAAGCAAGAAGGGAGACCUGCUAAAUGCCCAUUACGAUGGCUACUUGGCUCAAGACGGCUCGAAAUUCUACUGCAGCCGGACACAAAAUGAAGGCCACCCCAAAUGGUUUGUUCUUGGUGUUGGCCAAGUCAUAAAAGGCCUAGAGGUUGCUAUGAUGGAUAUGUGCCCUGGAGAAAAGCGAAAAGUGAUUAUACCCCCUUCAUUUGCAUAUGGAAAGGAAGGCUAUGAAGGAAAGAUUCCACCUAAUGCAACACUGAUUUUUGAGAUUGAACUUUAUGCAGUGACCAAAGGACCACGGAGCAUUGAAACAUUUAAACAGAUAGACAUGGAUAAUGACAGGCUACUCUCUAAAACUGAGAUAAGUCAUUACUUGAAAAAAGAAUAUGAAAAAGAUGAGAAGCCACGUGACAAGUCAUAUCAGAAUGCAGUUUUAGAAGAUAUUUUUAAGAAGAAUGACCAUGAUGGUGAUGGCUUCAUUUCUCCCAGGGAAUACAAUGUAUACCAACAUGAUGAACUAUAGCAUAUUUUUCCUACAUUUUUUGAGCUGCUUUCCGUAGUUGAUAUAUAAAACAAAGUUAUUUUUCUCCAAGUUGUAUUUUCUGUUUUUCCCCCAUGAGAAGAUAUUUUGAUCCCCUCAAUACAUGUGAUUUUGGUAUAAUAAAU